ACAUUCACUGGAUCAAACUUCCUAAAAAAAUAAUAAUAAUACACCGGAUCCGGGUUCUAGGGUUUGGUCCUGGGAGUGAUCGUUUCCUGACCAACCGAUCCAUAAGUCAGACUUCGGACCUCUCGAGCAAGAUCGUCGCAGCCGUCUCUCUCACCCUCCUCGAAUUUCAGUUUCACCAAUCUCCCGCCAUUCUGAACUAGCGUCUUCCACACACUUCUUAAACUUUCUCUCUCUAAAAUUGUAUAGUUUCUCUCACUAGGAGUUUCUUCAAAGAGAGAUCGAGCCAGAUGUGCUGAAGAAAUGGGAAGCGAUGGAAGUUGAAAGAAUUAAAUCAGUGAAGAGAAAGCCCUUAUCGGAUCGAACUAACCUCAUCCCUUCCACCGAUCUCCGCUAUGUCUCUACCUCCUCCGUCGUCAAACUCCAAAACCCUAAUCCAAUUUCAAAGCCAAAACCCAAACCAAAUCCCAAACCCUACAAUUCAUCCCCCAACAAGCCACCCACUAAUUCCUCCAAAUCCGACACCAGCGUCGGAUCAUCCAACACCAACAGAAAUGCCCCAAUCGGUCCUAGAACCAUCCCACAACCCCAAUUUUCAACCCCUCCUAGCGCUCAGUCACCACAUUCUUCAUCUACCAAUCCUGAUGAUGGAAACAGUGAGAUAUUUGAGCCUCUUGUAGUUUAUAAGCGAAGACAAACUGCAGAGAAAAGGAAGGCAAUUUCUGUGCCUUUUAGUUGCCCACCUCUAAAAAAAGUGGAUGACAAAGGAAAGGCAGUUGCAGUGCCUUAUAGUUUCCCUCCUCUGGGCAAAGUGAAUGACAAAGGAAAGGCAGUUGCAGUGCCUUUUAGUUGCCCUCCGCUAGACAAAGUGAAUGACAAAGGAAGGGCAGUUGCAGUGCCUUUCAGUUGCCCUCCUAUAGGCGAAGUGAAUGACAAAGGAAAGGUGGUUGCUGUGCCUUUAACUUGCCGUCCUCUAAACAAAGUGAAUGACAAAGGAAAGGCGGUUGCAGUGCCUUUAAUUUUCCCUCCACUAAACAAAGUGAAUGACAAAGGAAAGGCGGUUGCAGUGCCUUUGAUUUGCCCUCCUCUAGGCAAAGUGAAUGACAAAGGAAAGGCAAUUGCAGUGCCUUUCAGUUGCCCUCCUCUAGGCAAAGUGAAUGACAAAGGAAAGGCAGUCGCAGAGCCUUUAAUUUGCCCUCCUCUAAACAAAGUGAAUGACAAAGGAAAGGCGGUCGCAGUGCCUUUCAGUUGCCCUCCUCUAGGCAAAGUGAAUGACAAAGGAAAGGCGGUCACAGUGCCUUUCAGUUGCCCUCCUCUAGGCAAAGUGAACGACAAAGGAAAGGCGGUUGCAGUGCCUUUCAGUUGCCCUCCUCUAAACAAAGUGAACGACAAAGGAAAGGCGGUCGCAGUGCCUUUCAGUUGCCCUCCUCUAAACAAAGUAAAUGACAAAGGAAGAACAGUUGCAGUGCCUUUCAGUUGCCCUCCUCUAGGCAAAGUGAAUGACAAAGGAAAGACUGUUGCAGUGCCUUUUAGUUUCCCUCCUCUGGAGAACACAAAAAAUAAAAGGAAGGCUGUUGUUGUGCCUUACAGUUGCCCUCCAAGGACCAAGAAUAUUCGGGGUGAACAUAUGGAAGCUGGAGAUGUUGGUCUCUCCAAAUCGUGUUCAUUUCCUCUUCCGAAGUGUCAAAAGAAGAGACGUCACUUACUGCCAGAGGAAAAUGUCUCAAAACCGGUAGCCUUGCCACGAGAUUUUGUUGAGCAGCAGAGAGCCUACUUUAAGGAAGUUGAUGAGUUUGAACUGGCAGAGGAGGAGGUAUCUGAUAUCGAGUAGAAUCAGUAGAGCUUUUACACUUGAGAUGUGUAGGGGCUCCCUGACCCAUUGACCUUUUUCGUAUAGUUACAAUUGUUUUUACUUUACUAAAUUCUGGUACUAUUAGUUACUGACACCAAUUAGGUUGAUGCAAGCCCUUGGCAAUCCUUUUGAAAAUCUACUGUACAUUGGUCUAAUAUUCCCCAAAGUACACAUAAUAGCAUUGGGUCUGUCCCAAAGAAAGCAGAGCAUUGGUCUGCUGUGGAGAUCAUAAUGUUGACUUCAUUUAUCUUGUAUUCUUUCUUUAUAUUUUUAUGUUGGUUUUUUUAUGAAGUAAAUAGCUUUUGUUC